ACAACGAGUGCAUCAUGUAACUACCAACACAAAAGAUUCCUACGAUGAAAAUUCUUACGAAUCUAUUUAUCAAAAUGUGUUAGAGAGCCUUGAUGAAGAAGCUUUCAAGCGACCACCACAAAGGACUUUAAGAUCAGAAAUUUCUAGUAAUAACCCUAUUUCUAACUUGGAGUUUCAGGAAGAUUUCUUUGCAAAUGAGAAAGAUGAAACGUUAGAACAAGAUCACUUUUUUGAGAAUGGAGUCGUGUGUGAUGAUUUUAAUGAUGACUUUAUGGUGGACCAACCCUUACCAAUGUCAAAUUCUCAGCAAACUAUCACUAAAGAUUCUGAUAUUAUUCAGGAUGAAGAUGAUGACUAUCCAAUAGAGCCUCUCAAUUUUGUAGAAGAUCACUUUUCUGUUCCGAGUGCUAGUGAGCUUGAGGACGUUACGCAAGAUUUACCAAAUAGUUUGACAAGAAUCCGCCUUCGUGAUUUUAACAUAUUAUGGAAACUGUACGAUGGCUAUGACUGGAAACACACUAGAGAUCAAGCGUCUGAGGCAUUAACAAGUGUCAAAAAUUCAACUACUACUAAUAUAGCAGGACCUUCUACAGGCGAAAUUCAAGGUCUAAUGAACACUGAAUUAUCUAGUCCAUUUGAUCGUAUGUUGUUUGUGGAUUCGCCAUUUAAAAAUCCUGAUCAUGAUGGAUCGUCACAACUAGCAUCUGAAUUUGAGUAUAUGGUAGAUGGCCACAGCGAUACUUCUAGUCAAGUCAGCUCGCGAGUUGAUUCCGAUAAUUCCAGCGUUCGAGAUGGUAAACGACCUGAACAAAAGAAUCGUUCCUCUAGACCAAAGCUUAGCCGUUCAAGAAAAAGUAAACUUGACAUUAAGUUUGAUAAGAUCAAUUUGGAAUUUGAUUUAUUUCCAAAAGACAAUUUGCUGGCGUCUCGACUACUGUUGCUUAUUAGAGAUCUAGAAAUUCUCGACAAUAUCAAAACAUCUGCAUGGCAUAAAUUCUUGUCUCACUUACGUCCAGAUAAUGAUACAAAUCCUCGCGAAAAUAAAUCUAAUAUGGUUAAGAUAGAGUUAACGAGCGUUCGUCCUGUUCUAACAGAUCCUGUUGAAGAGCUUCGUUUAAAGGCCAAACUUUUACCAUUAAGAUUUUACAUCGACCAGGAUGCAUUAAAUUUUGUGAUUAAGUUUUUCUCAUACCGGGGUCCUACCAGCGAUGCUUCUCAGCAACAUGCUGAAGACGAAACAUAUUUCCAACUCUUCGACAUUCAACCAAUUGUAAUGAAGUUGGACUACAAACCAAAACAUAUUGAUUAUUCUAGCUUAAAAGAAGGCAAUUUGGUUGAAUUAAUGAAUAUUUUCCAUCUUGAAGCUGCGGAAAUGACAUUGAGAGGCCUUAAAUUAACAGGAGUUAAAGGUGUAUCACGUUUAUUAGAAGACUUGGGUGCAGCAUGGCUGCCGCACAUAACUAAUACGCAAGUUCCUAAUGUUGUAUCGGGUGUUGCUCCAAUACGGUCUUUGGUAAACAUAGGUUCAGGAGUUGCAGAUCUUAUCUUGCUACCUAUUGAACAAUACAAAAAAGAUGGAAGGAUUAUUAAAGGUCUUCAGAAAGGGACGCAAUCUUUUGCAAAGGCAACCACCAUGGAAGCAAUUAAAUACGGUACCAAACUUGCCGUUGGAACACAGAUAUUACUCGAGCAGGCGGAAGAAAUACUUUCCUUUGAGUCCCAAACAGAUACUAGCUCGAAUACGGAUAAUAAUGAAGAGUUUGAUAGCGACGAAGAUAAAAAAUCUAGCAAAUCUAGCAGCAAAUAUGCUAAUCAACCCGCAGACAUAAGUGAAGGAAUGGUGGCUGCUUAUCAAAGUUUGAAACAGAAUAUCGGGACUGCAGCGCACACAAUUUUUGCCGUGCCGAUGGAAGUAUAUGAAAAGACUGGAACUCAAGGAACAGUAAAGGCUGUGAUUCGUGCUGUUCCAGUUGCUGUAUUAAAACCAAUGAUUGGAGUCGCCGAGGCAGCAUCCAAAGGUUUACUUGGU